CAUCCUGAGACCUCAGUCCUCUCCACAACUCCGCCGGUCCGCCGCAUACCAUCUCCACCGUCCGGCAUUCGGCAUCUAACCACCAGCUCCACCGUCUGGCCAGACUGCCAUUGGUAUCAGACUACAGGCGUUGCGGUUCAUGAUGCUUCUCCAAGCACAUAUAAAUGUAUACUACAGUAUCUCCAUGGAUCGCCCACCUCUCUGUCUCUCUUUCUCUCUCAGGGUAAAAUGAAUUCACUUCUUAGGCCUGUGGCCCUGACCUGCCUGUUCCUUGUCCUAAUCCUUGUGGAAGCCACUGAUCCUAAUGAUCCUGGUUAUAAAGGAAGCUUGCUCCCACCAGCUACCCACAUGCUCAAAGAAAAGGUCACCCCCCUCCACUUCUACGUCCACAAUAUGAUCUGUGGCCCUAUCCCAACCGUUAUGCCUGUCGCCGGACUUAUGGCUGAACCCGGGUUCGGCUCAGUUUUCAUAAUGAAUGAUCCGCUGACCCAGGGGCCUGAACUUAACUCGAAGCUGCUAGGAAGGGCUCAAGGUCUGUAUGCAUUUGUGGAGGACAAGGGCAUGAGCAUGGUCACGGCAGUCAACUAUGUGUUCUUGGAGGGGAAGUAUAAGGGGAGCAGCCUCAGCAUAAUGGGGAGAAGCGAUGCAUUCGAUGGAGUGAGAGAAUUGCCGGUGGUUGGUGGAACCGGGCUUUUUAGACUGGCACGCGGCUAUGCACUUGCCAAGACUCUCUUUCUCAACCUUACUAAUGGCAAUACCAUAAUAGAAUAUGAUGUCUUUGUUAUUCAUUACUAA